UAUUACCCAACUCAAGCUAUGUGUGUGGUCACAGAAUAUAAAGCUUAUCUUCUAUUGGACACAGAGACUUCCUAAGCAGCUAUGGCAGCCUUAAGCUGCCAUUUCCAUCCCAUCAACUACUUGAAUUCUCAUAAGUUUAACAGAAGAAUCAAGCAUUCCAUUUCCUGCUCAGCUCAACCUAUACAAAGCAAUAUAAAGGUUGUGAUAAAUGGAGCAGCCAAGGAAAUAGGAAGAGCAGCAAUAGUUGCUGUGACAAAUGCUAGAGGAAUGGAAGUAGCUGGAGCUGUUGAUACUUGCCAUGUUGGAGAAGAUAUUGGACAGGUAUGUGGCAUGGAAGAGCCUCUUGAAAUACCAAUACUAAAUGACCUUACUAUGGUUUUGGGCUCUAUUUCUCAGUCCAAGGCUACUGCAGUUGUAGUUGAUUUCACUGACCCUUCAUCAGUAUAUGAUAAUGUGAAACAGGCAACAGCAUUUGGCAUGAAAAGCGUCGUUUACGUGCCGCGAAUCAAACUAGAUACGGUUGCAGCGUUAUCUGCAUUCUGUGAGAAGGCAAGCAUGGGUGUUUUGGUUGCACCAACCCUUUCCAUAGGAUCAAUAUUAUUGCAGCAGGCUGCAAUUUCAGCCUCUUUCCAUUACCGCAACGUGGAAAUUGUGGAAUCCAAGCCUAAUGCAAAUGAUCUUCCAUCAGCAGAAGCAAAUCAAAUUGCCAACAAUCUAUCUAACCUUGGCCAAAUCUAUAACAGAGAAGAUUCUUCAACAGAUGUAUUGGCAAGGGGUCAAGUUUUGGGAGACGGAAUUCGUGUGCAUAGCUUGGUCUUACCUGGGCUUCCCUCUAGUACAACUGUUCACUUUUCUGGUCUAGGAGAGGGAAAUGAAUUCAAUUGGUGCAGAUUUACUCUAUCAAGCAUGACAUCACAGAUGUACAAUGUCUCAUGCCAGGCUUGUUGUUAGCCAUUAGAAAAGUAGUGCGCCUAAAGAACUUGGUAUAUGGCUUGGAGAAGUUUUUGUAAUCAUAUGCUACAUCUUCAAUCUCCUGUUGACAAAUAUCAUCAUAGAGAAAGUUUGUUUGAAAAUCAAUAUAAAAAGAGCCUCCAAAUUGCUCUCUAGCGGGCUGUUGACAUAUAUUCUGAACUGUGGAUUCGAUGAUUUUGUAAGGACAUUUUUGGAUUUGUGGACAUGUAUUAAAGUCACUCAAUUUAGACAUGAACUGAAGUUAGAAAUGUUAGUACAAUCUAAUGUCAUCAAUGUGCAUUUCAACAAAAUAAAAUGACGGGCACAUUAACCA